GUUGGGUCUUAAUACUGUACCUUAUGUUGCAUAUUUGUACGCUCGCACGUUGACUUGAGCUUCGGCAGUACUUAAACACCCAAUCCCACACUUACCCUUCCUAUUUACAACCACCAUUAACACCACAACCUCCCUUCACUACCACUCACUAACCCACCCUACCUCUUAUCCCAACGCCCCUUCAUAAUGACAACCACCACCACCACCAUCACCACCGACCCACACCCCCUCCUCACCCGCCUCCGCCGCGACGGCUUCGUGAUCCUCUCCUCCCUCCUCUCACCGGAGGAACUCGCCUCCCUCCGCGGCGCCGCCGCCCGCCUAACAACGACAGCCCGCACGGGCGCCUGGCCGCACGUCCGCACCGUCGGCAAGCAGUUCCCGCCCUGGGACGCCUCGCUCGUGGCACGCGGCGAGGCCGGCAUCUGGGGCGUGCAGCACCUGCUGCACCCAGACCUGCCGUGCGCCAGGGAGGACCGGGACGAGUUUGUGCGGCUGUAUUUCCACCCGCGCCUGCUGGCUGUGGCGGGGGAGUUGCUUCAGGUUUCUGAUGGGAAUGUAAAUGGAGAUGGGCAUGGGGAUGGGGAUGACGACGGCGACGACAGGAGUGGCGGCAUGAUGAUGGAACUGCUCAACAUGCUGGUUCGACCGUCCGGCCCGGGAGCGGAGAAACCGUUUGCGCUGCGCUGGCACCGGGAUGACAUCCCGCCGACCGCGACGCCGGAAGAAGAGCUGGCGCGGCUCAAGACGGAAUCCGGGCGGCAGGCGUACGUACACACACAGUGGAAUCUGCCGCUGUUUGACGACGACAGCCUCAUCGUCGUGCCGGGGAGCCACGCGCGAGCACGGACCGAGGCGGAGAGAAACGCGGAUCCGUACGAGGACAAUAUGCCGGGCCAGGUGGUGGUGAGGCUGAAGGCGGGGGACUGCGUUUUCUAUGAUAAUAAUAUCCUGCACCGCGGGGUUUAUUACGGAGAGAGGGAGAGAAUGACGCUGCAUGGGUCGGUGGGCCACGCCAAAGGGAGCAAGGAGCGGGCGCGGAAUGUGCUGCAGCAUGGCGUUGGGGAGUGGGUGGAUCGGUGUGACUUCUCUGUGCUGGGGGAUGGGAAGGAAAGGAGGACAGCCGAGGGGUUGCGUAAGAGGUUGGUUGAGCUGGGGAGGGAGAACCAGGGGAAAGAUGUUGGCUAUUCCUUGGAGGGGUAAACAGUCAUGAUCCUCUAUGACGCGGAAAUCAGCUACCCAACUACGCUCGCCGUUUGUUGAAACACACUGCCUCCCUCAACCACUCUUGUAAACGGCCAGAUUCGACGCGAACGUGUUCACGUUA